GUUGAUGAUUUGGAAAAUAAGUUUGACUAUCCUCACGGGCACGGUAAGGCAAAGCGUCAAUGGCAGGGUGAAUAUGUGGAUCUUUCUUCAUCCUCAAGACAUGAAUCUCAACAACCAAUUCCCCUUCUAACCAAUGGUUGUACGGUUUUUGGAGAAAUUGCUACACCUGAUAAUCAAUCCGUGCGAAUGACAUCGGGUCCUUUGGACCCUUCUGAAAAGAAUGUUAGUUCGUCACCUUAUGUUGACCCAAGGCAACCAGUUCCUGUGAGAAUUGUGGAUCCAACAAAGGACUUGAAUUCUUAUGGCCUUGGGAAUGUUGAUUGGAAGGAAAGGGUUGAAAGUUGGAAACUCAAACAGGAUAAAAAUGUGUUGCAUAUGAACAAUAAAUACACUGAAGAGAAGGGAGAUCUAGAAGGAACUGGUUCAAAUGGAGAGGAACUGGUUCAAAUGGAGAGGAACUGCAAAUAGCUGACGAUGCUCGUCAACCUUUGAUUCGUGUGGUGCCAAUUUCUUCCUCUCACCUGACCCCUUAGGGUGUGUUUGGAUGGGAGAACGUGGGAUUUUCAUGGGAAUGAAAUC